CUCUUUUGAUACAAUAUCGAUCUUUUCCACACACGAGGUCAUUCAUUAAUUACCGAGUCAACUAAUGGCACUCACUCACUUAUUCUUCUCCUCCUCCUUCUCCUUGAUGCGGCGCAUUUCCCUGACUUGAUUCUUGAUCCUUCCCCUGCUUUUCUCCUGCGAUCCGAGUCUUUCAGCCUUAAGCGUCGCUUGGUCUGCUCUUAUUCUUUCGUCUUUUCCCGUCUUUUUGCCACCAACUGCCUUAUACUGCAAGUGGUCGCGUGCCUCUCUUAUGCGAAAACUCCUGACACUGGAUUUGCUGCUCCACCAAUUUGGCGACCAUGAAAUUCGGUCACGAUUUCAAAGAGACUCUACGAGCUCAAGACUUCCCUGCUCACUGGGUAGAUCAUGCUAUUCCCUAUAGCCAGCUCAAGAAAUGUCUCAAGAAAGUUGCGCGGGAGCUACAUGAGCUUGGACUCGAUCCUGAGACGUUGCGCGAGCUCCUCAACCCCGAUGAAACGUCUCCUGUGGCCUUGAAGUAUAAACUCAACGGCGGUGCCGACUCUCACCUCCGCCCAAAACUCACCGUACAGGUCCAUCUUCAAGAUGGUGUCCCCGUCGAUGCCUCGCUUGCGCCCAACACGCGCGACUUUCUCAACAAGAUCGCAAUCAACCUCCCCCAGAACCAACCGGCGCAAGUCGAGCCCGUCACUAAAUCGCCAAUCCCGGACUCUGUGAAGGAUGCCGCAAAAGCCGAAACCGUUGUCGAGACCACAUCUGCACCCUCCGCCGAAACGGUCGAUGCGCUCGCUGACGAAGCCAACGACAAGCUCGCCAUUGCUCUCGCCGACGAAAAGACUGUCAAAAUUACCGAAACGCCAGCAAGCGACUCCGAACAAACAGAAUCCAUCGCUGAGCCUACAAGCAAUGGCUCGACCCCAGCCUCGCCGACCUCACCUGCUACUGGUACGACCGAAGGAACGUAUGAAAUCAUCGAGGUUCCCCUGACUUUCGAUGCCGAAUUCUUCGAGAUGCUUCAGAGCGAUGUCAACAACCUUGAUGCUCUGCAAAUGGAGGAAGAGAAAACCAUGACCUCGGAAAUCGUAGCGCUUGGAAAAGAAGUUGAACAGGUCGUAAAGCCGAAGCGAUUUUCAAAGACAGAUCUUGCACGAUGGCGACAAAUCUUCGAGCUGUAUUUGGAUGCUGAGAUCUUCUUCGCUACCCACGAACAAGACCAUGGAGAACGCUCAAGUCAAGUCGCCCUGAGGCAGCUGCAAUGGUUCCAGGACCAGGUCGCUAAGCAGAAUCUCGUCAAGGAUUUCAAGCUUCCCGAGAGCAAGGCAGCUUUCACCCGCUUCAUCAACUUGAAUGCGUCCCUUCUAAAGAACAUGCAGUUCCAGGAGCUUAACAAGACUGCCGUUGCCAAAAUUCUCAAGAAAUUUGACAAACGAACAGCACUGGGAGUUGCUAGAAAGUUCCCUACCGUUGUUCACUCAGACAAGCUCUUAGCAGGCACCAUUGCACGAGAUGUCUGCGCACAAAUGUCGCAAGAGCUCGUAUCCAAGGUCCCCCAGCUGAACGACUAUCUUUGCCCAGUCUGUUUCUCAGUAGCUUACUUGCCUGUCCGUCUCGACUGCCAACACGUAUUCUGUAUCCGUUGUGUCAUCAAGAUUCAGCGACGAAAGGAGAAGCAUUGCCCAUUGUGCAGAGCAGAUGUGGUCCUCAAGGCUUCUGCGAUGAAUCUUGACUACGAGCUACAAAAGUACAUGAAGAAAUAUUUUGCAAAGGAGGUCAAAGAGAAAGCGCGCGCGAACGAGAUUGAGCGUGGUAUCGAGGACUACGGGCCUGGUUAUGUCCACCAGGAAUGCUGCAUAAUGUGAGCUCAAGAGGCUCAGACAUGGACACGACUAUUAUUAUCAUCACGGCAUACUUGAGCGCCUUGGAUUGACACGGACUUUUGCAUCAGAAAGAACCAUGACAUUUAUUU